UGUCAUUCAUAUUUGCACAAGCAGCCUCUGCUAUCAAACGUCUUUGUUUAAAUUUGAAGAAUAAUCCAGAAUUGAAUAGCAAGCAAAGCCAUGUCCCAGGCAUCUCCAGCAACUGGUGAUAUGCAGUCCCUCCGCUGCCUGCACUGCAUGAAGGUGAUCCGUUGCUCCCGCUACGACACCAGUGGACUGGUUCGCCACAUCGAGCAGGAUCACCCGGAUAUCUAUUCGGCGACCAACGAUAAGAUCAAGAAUCUGCACAAGCUGGCCGCGGAUCACGGCAUCAGCGAGGAGCGUCUAACGAAGAUUGGCAAGAUGACGGGUCUCUCGGAGACCGAGAUGGCCGAAAAGGCAGAUAAAUAUAUGGCCAGUAAGAUGAGCUCUGGUCGGAGUGGUGUCUCCGGCGUGGGAGAGCCAGUGGGAAAAACUUCCUCGAAAGCGGCCUACAGUGCGGCAUCCUCAAAGGAGGAGAGAUCCUCCGGUCCAUGUCCAUGCCCAUGCCCACGUGCAGUGGACAAGACGGCGCAUCGGAGGCACUGCUACCGGGCCUCCAUCGAGCGCUGGGCUCCGGUAGAGGGUCGCAUCUUCUGCCCGUGCUGCGCCUGCAGCAGGCGUCCGCUGAUCAAGGCCGCCACGGAGAUCAUGGAUUCCGGAUGCUGUGCCUCCUGUCUGCUCACCUGCUGGCCCCUCUGCUUCCUUCCCUGUCUGCAGUCCGCGGACAACCGGGAGUACCUUUACUGCUCCAACUGCCGCACCUUCCUCGGCAUCUACGAUCGCGAUCAUAACUGCGUCAAUCCCAGCAAGGAGUUUGUAUCCUGUACCAACUCGGCCACGCCCCCACCGAAGCCACCACUGCAACCGCCCCCCAAGUAACCUUCAAAAAAACUUUGUUCUUUUUUCUAUUGGUCAAAUUGUUUGUGAAAAGAUUUGGACGAGCUAGUGAGUAGGGCCCAAGAUCCCUAUUUUUGUAUCUCUUACUAUAAAUUAUAUUAUUAAAU